AUGCUCCUCCUGCUGACAGCACUCCAGCUCUUGGCCGCAGCCGCGGCGCAGAGCUCAGGAGACGACAAGAUCAUCGGGGGCUACACGUGCGUCCCCCACUCGCAGCCCUGGCAGGCGGCCCUGCUGGCGGGGCCCUGGCAAGCCUUCCUCUGCGGGGGGGCCCUGCUCUCCGACCAGUGGGCCAUCACCGCCGCCCACUGCGCCCGCCCGAUCCUCCGGGUAGCCCUGGGCAAGCACAACCUGAAGCGCUGGGAGGCCACCCAGCAGGUGCUGCGCGUGGCUCGCCAGGUGCCGCACCCCCAGUACAACUCCCGCACACACGACAAUGACCUGAUGCUGCUGAGGCUGGAGCCCAGGGCUCGGCUGGGGAGGGCAGUGAGGCCCAUCACGCUCGCCACCUCCUGUGCCAGCCCAGGGACCUCCUGCCACGUGUCCGGCUGGGGCACCACAGCCAGUCCCAUGGCCAGGUACCCCAACUCUCUGCAAUGUGUGAACAUCAACAUCUCCUCUGACCAGACGUGUCGCCAGGCCUACGGAGGCAUCACCGGGGGCAUGGUCUGUGCAGGGGUCCCCCAAGGCGGGAAGGACUCUUGUCAGGGUGACUCCGGGGGCCCCCUGGUGUGCAGAGGAGCGCUCCAGGGCCUCGUAUCUUGGGGGAUGGAGCACUGCGGCAUGCCUGGCUACCCCGGGGUCUACACCAACCUGUGCAAGUACCAAAAAUGGAUCCAGGAAACGAUGCGGAGCAAAUGA